AUGAUAAGAUAUAUACAGGCGCUGCUCGCGCUGACGAGUGUGCCGCUGGUGACAGCUCAGAGUGUCUUGGACCUCGACUGUACUGCUAACACAGAUUGCUAUCCAUACAUGGCGUUAUGUCAACUGUCUGGAAAAUGCGCAUGUGCUUCUAAUCUUGACUACGUUGCCGUCACCUACGAUACAGCGGUUGAAGUCAACGGAGGGUCUUUCACAACUGUUUGCGAAGUCCAAACUCCUUGUGAUGUUUUGGAGCAAACCUACGGCGAAUGCCCCCUCUACUCCUACUGUCAGCUCCCUGGACUUGGUGAGACAGAAGCUAGCUGCGUCUGCGUUGACAACUACGAGAGCACAAAUUCAACUGGCAUCAUCGGUCAAAACGGAGUUGGUUGUCAGCGAAUCGACCCUUGCAACUCAUAUGACUGCUCUUCAAUCGCGAAUUCUGAAUGUGCGGCUAUUUCUGAAUCAGAAGCCAUGUGCGUUUGCAGCAAUAACUACGAACUCUACGAUGAAUCGGGAGGUAGUUACACUGAAAGCUCAGACACCACUUUCGCCAACACUGCAACAGACAAAGUCUGCAACCCCUCCUUUCCCUGCCUGGAGGAUACCUGUGGUGGUAACCAAACUUGCGUGACAGAAGAUAACAGUGGUCUUCCUACUGCUUACUGUCAGUGCGACACUGGCUACUGGGAUUCUGUUGAUGUCGACGAUAAAGUUGCCAUGGCUGAUGGUGGUCUCACUUGCGAAGAUCUCGAUGAAUGCUCAGACUCAAGUCUCAACACAUGUCUCACUUCUCAAACUUGUGAGAACACUGAUGGAUCUAACCACAACAACCACAACAACAACGACGACCACGACCACUACAACAACGACGACUACGACUACUACAACAACGACGACCACGUCUACUACAACAACGACGACCACGACUACUACAACAACGACGACCACGUCUACUACAACAACGACGACCACGUCUACUACAACAACGACGACCACGACUACUACAACAACGACGACCACGACUACUACAACAACGACGACCACGACUACUACAACAACGACGACCACGUCUACAACAACAACGACGACUACGACUACUACAACAACGACGACCACGUCUACUACAACAACGACGACCACGUCUACUACAACAACGACGACCACGACUACUACAACAACGACGACCACGUCUACUACAACAACGACGACCACGUCUACUACAACAACGACGACUACGACUACUACAACAACGACGACCACGUCUACUACAACAACGACGACCACGUCUACUACAACAACGACGACCACGUCUACUACAACAACGACGACCACGUCUACUACAACAACGACGACCACGACUACCACAACAACGACGACCACGUCUACUACAACAACGACGACUACGACUACUACAACAACGACGACCACGUCUACUACAACAACGACGACCACGUCUACUACAUCAACCACAACUACGACAACAACGACAACUUCAACAACUACUACGACAACCACAACUACAAGCACGACAACAACUACAACCACGACGACAACUACGACAACGACGUCUACGACAACAACAACAACAACAACAACGACGACGACGACAACAACGACAACGACCACGACGACGACGACAACAACAACCACAACAACCUCCACCACUACAACAACAACAACUACGACAACAACCACAACGACGACAACAACAACGACAACAACUUCAACCACAACUACCACUACAACCACUACUACGACAACAACAACUACGACAACAACGACAACUACGACCACAACAACGACAACAACGACAUCAACGACAACCACUACUACAACAACUACUACAACGACUACAACCACGACGACGACCACAACGACGACUACGACAACAACAACUACAACAACAACAACAACUACAACGACAACAACAACGACAACCACUACAACCACCACCACUACAACCACCACCACUACUACAACAACCACCACCACAACCACGACAACGACUACAACUACGACAACGACGACAACAACUUCCGCAACAACAACCACGACUACAACAACAACGACCACCACUACAACGACAACAACGACCACCACUACAACAACGACGACCACCACAACCACCACAACGACUACGACAUCAACGACCACAACUACAACCACAACAACGACGACCACUACAACCACAACAACCACCACAUCUACAACGACAACUACAACCACGUCAACUACAACCACGACAACUACAACAACGACAACGACGACAAGCACAACCACAACGACAACAACAACUACAACAACAACAACGACUACGACAACAACUACAACUACGACUACGACAACGACCACGACAACAACAACCACAACAACAACUACAACAACAAUCACUACAACAACCACUACGACAACAACAACAACUACGACUACGACAACGACCACGACAAGAACAACCACAACAACAACUACAACUACAACGACUACGACAACGACUACGACAACGACUACAACUACGACUACGACAAUGACCACGACAACAACAACCACAACAACAACUUCAACUACAACGACUACGACUACAACGACUUCGACAACGACUACGACAACGACAACAACAACGACAACAACAACCACAUCUACGACAACGACAACAACUACGACUACCUCAACAACAACCACCGCUACGACUACCACUACAACGACCACCACUACUACAACAACGACUUCAACUACCACGACAACAACGACAACGACCACAACAACUACCACUACGACUACCACUACAACGACCACCACUUCUACUACAACGACUACAACUACCACUACAACCUCGGAAGCGACAACAACCACAAGUCCAUGCUCUGGUCAAUCUUCUUACGACGGCACAAGCUGCGUUUGUUUCGAUAUUCAUGGUGUGGAAAUCUCAUCUGA